UAGAUUAGGCCAAUAUUAAGUAAUAUAAACAAAAAUUGAAUAAAAAUUAACACAACUUUUUAGGAAGAAAUGUGUUGAAUUGUAGCCAUGGUUACAUUUUCAGUUUUUGGUGAGGAUUAGACUUGGCGGAACAUCAUGAAUUUUAAUAAUUUUUUUUAAAACUAAAUUGAAUCUAUAAUUUAAAAAAUUCGCGAAUAAAUAUCGAUAAGAAUUAGCUAUUAUGCAUAUAUAUAUAUUUAUGUUAUUUGUGAUUUUUCCCUAAUUUUAGAAUCUGUAGUAAUAUAUUUAUUGGACGUAAGAAAAUUUCUUUCAUAAUUAGAACCUAAAGAACAUUGCACGUGAAAAAAUUUUUGUCGUAAUCGUAAGACAUAAGCAAAUUGAUCAAUCAAUCGAAUAUUUUUGAACCAUGAGAAAAACAAGUAAACUCUGGUUGGUCAAUUUGUUUACAAUUUUAUAAUGCAUGACGCUCAACAUUGCUCGCAUUGUCGAUGGCCAAUUUAAAAUAAAACUUUUUUAUUGGUUGAUCUAGCGGAAAAUCUCCAGACAUCGGUCUCUAAGUGGUUAUGUCCAAUUGUAACGUGGUCAAACGAGACGCUCCCACUUUUACAAGCACUUUUAUCAAUAAAAGAGAAUUCAGAAUAUGGACUUUAUACACAUAAUUAUAAAUUUGUCUGAAUAGGCCCUUAAUCUUCUUAUACACAAUUUGCAAUCCAAUAUUCACUGUCAUUUCCGAAAAUAUAAUUUAUGUCGCAUAUAUUAUAGAUCUCUAGUACUAGUAGCGAACAUCGGAACGCAGUCAUAACCUUAAGCUAUUCUGAUGCCGAGCCGACUUCUCGUGUCAUAUGUCAUGUCAUCGUAAUCUCGUAUAAUCAUUCGUUAUCAAUAAUAUCGAGACAAACAAAACGUAGGACGAUUUAAAUGAUACUGUAAAGUGCAAAGUGCUAUUCGCCAAGUACAUCGGUACAAACUUACAUCGGUUCUUAUCCAUCAAAAAAACCGACGCAAUUGCGAUCAAAACGUGGCGUAUCAAGCAUGGAUAAUGGUACGUCACUGUCAACGUUUUGAUUAAAGAUGGAGGAGACGAGGGACGAGAGAUUUCUGUCGCGAAGACGUACCGCCGCAUUGAAGGCUUUUAAAGUCAAAGACGAACGAGUGGCCACCUUCAAAAAGGUGGCAGCGAUUUUGCAAAAAUCCGAAAUCGACAGGACGGCAGAGGAAACCGGGAUACUUGCUUCCUGCAGCGAUGUAGUGAAAGAGGUUAACUUACGACAAGAGAAACGAGAUAGAAUAAAGGCACGAUUAGAGGAAGUUGAAGAUGCAUCUGAGAUCUUGGAGGAAAAAUGUAUGCGCUUGGCAGCAGCAAUCAGUAGAGCAACGUCACUCGCAGUUUACACUGGUGCUGGUAUCAGUACAGCAGCAUCUAUUCCAGAUUACAGAGGAACUAAUGGAGUUUGGACUCGUAUGCAGCAAGGAAAAGAUAUCGGGAAUCACGAUUUAAGUCAAGCUGAGCCAACAUUGACGCAUAUGGCCAUUUAUGCGUUGUAUAAAGCACGAGUUCUCAAACAUGUGGUUUCUCAAAAUUGUGACGGAUUACAUUUACGCAGUGGUAUUCCGCGUAAUCUUUUAUCUGAAGUUCAUGGUAAUAUGUAUGUAGAAGUUUGUAGAAUAUGCAAGCCAUCUAGAGAAUACUGGAGACUUUUUGAUGUUACUGAAAAGACUGCGCGAUAUCAACACGGUACAGGAAGAUUAUGUCACAGAUGUAAUUCAACAUUGCAAGAUUCAAUUGUCCAUUUCGGCGAAAGAGGUAAUCUGCCUUGGCCAAUCAAUUGGAGCGGAGCAACUAGAGCUGCGAAACAAGCAGAUGUCAUAUUAUGUCUGGGUUCUAGUCUGAAAGUUCUUAAAAAGUAUCCAUGGUUGUGGCAAAUGGAUAAGCCCGUUCAGAAAAGGGCUUCCCUUUACAUUGUCAAUUUGCAAUGGACUCCAAAAGAUGAGAAUGCAGUUUUAAAGAUAAAUGGAAAAUGUGAUGAAGUGAUGAAGAAAGUUAUGAAUCAUCUGGGAUUAGAGAUACCACAUUAUAAUCGCACAAAGGAUCCAAUCUUUUUUCAUGCAGUGAAACUUCAAAACUGUGAACAGCUUACUACGACUCAACCAUGUCUUGAGGAGCCAGAAAUCAAGAAGGAACCUUUAAGCCAAAGCAGUGAUGAGAAUGUUAAAUGUACAGUGCAACGAACUGAUGAAGAGGAUUGCAUAUCACCUAUAGCAAUGGCUGAUAUAACAACUACCUAUCCAGCACCCUUUUUUGCCGCAUUACCAUUUUUAUCUAUGGGCUUGCCAUUUCCCCCCAUGUACAUGUAUCCUCAAUUGACACCAUUAUUUUAUUAUCCCUUCAUACAAGUACCAAAUACGCCGGCAGAAGCACCAAAGCCGAAGCCAGCUUGUUCAUUUUGUAUGGAGUAUGAGGGCUCCCUUACUUGUUUGUAUUAUCAACGUGAUGGGGACUGUCCAGUACCAACAAAAACCGAAAAUGAGCAAAAACAAGAAGAAGAUGCAUUAGUAAUUCGCGCGGACACUCCUGUAGCAUCUCCAAAGAAUCCAGGUUGGUUUGGUAAAGGAUACCGUAAGGGUAUGAAAAGAAAGCGGUAGCAUCCACUUCAUAUAUGUGUCAUCUAUGCAGUAUGCUUGGUCAACUAUUUACUGGGAUUACAAUAUAAUCUUAUACAUCAUAUAUUUACAUAUAUAAGUAUUUAAAGUCUCCAUAUCAUAAAAAAAUUCGUGCAUAUUUUGUAGGUUUAUAGCAAUUUGAUUCCAGUAUUCAAAGCUUUAAAAAAUAGACUGAAAUUUUGGAAGUAUUUCCUAAUAAUGCAAACAAAGGCAAUUAGUUUUGUCUUUUUUAAAAUAGAUCAUCUUAUUUUGUCCAAUUUUUAUAAAAUUUGAAUCUUUUUUUCCGAAUAGGCAAACAGAGCACACAUUUAAGUUUUGAGUAAUAAUUGUCAUUAAUUAACAGUGAAGCAUUAUUUAUCUAUCUUACUAUUAAAAUCUUUUUUAUGGCUCAGUCAUCUGAUUAAUUUUUUCUCGCUAUUAUUUAUAUGGCAAUCAAAAAAGGUUUCUAUAAUUUGUGCAAAA